UUUAAUGUGAUCAUGGGAAUUGGCAUGAUCUUCUCUGUUUACAGACUUUCUCUGAUAAGUGGAAACCCCUUUUGGGCAGCAGUGGCUCAUAUCAUUACAGGAAUCAUGACCCUUUCAGCUUACUCUAAGAAAUCCAUUUGUUGGGUGAGAGGUUCUCUUGCUACGAACGUCAUAAGUGCUCUCAUGAGUGGUGUUGGCAUCAUUCUUGCCUGCCUGGAUCUAGUAGAAUUGUCAUCUCUGAGGUGCAGAGAACAUAGCUACUACUACUGCUCAGAAAAUGUUGGUGGCAUUGUCGUGCAUGCUAUGCUUCUAGUCAACAACCUGCUAAUCCUCUGUGUGUCCCUAUCUCUUGGUGUUUUUGGGUGCCUCUCCCUAGGCGAUGUUCCAAGUAUUCAACAGGUGUUCCUGUUACACAAUGGAGACAUAGUUCCAGUUUCAGCCACAGCUCACCACCUCUGACACAAUAUUCGAUUCCUUACUUCGUCCAAGGAGAUGUCAAGAAUCAGCCAACAAAUCA